CCGUUAAUAUUUGUCGGCGCAGGGCUCUGUUGUGAGAAAAGUGAGUUUUCUUUCAACUUUCAGCGUAAAAUAGAUUUUAAGAAUUUUAACAUAAAAAUAUCAUAAAGAUGGCCUUAAGUAACUUAUUAUUUAAAGUCCAACUGCAGCAAAGUGUACGCUCCACAACCCCGUUAAUUUUGGCCAGUCGUCAGGGCCAUACCAUAAGAGGCAAACCACCCGGUGUGGCCAAAACGAUUGAACAACGUUUACAGGAGGAGAAUGCUAAAGAUCCAGAGUUGACAGCUAGAGUCAAUAUUGGUUUUCCCAAAUUGAAGUCCACUCGUUCGGAACAAUUAAAAGAACGCUUAAGUUACGUUAAAGCACAACGUGCUAAUGGUGAACUAGAGAAAAAGGCCAGGAUUAAUGAUUUACUUAUCGACUUGAGUGAAGUGCAAAAGGAUUAUGCAAAUACAACACGAGGUUAUGAUUUGCGCAUAAUAGCUGACCAUUACGGCAUAUUUGAGGAUCUUUUUGGAGCGGCAUACUUUGUACCACGCGUUAACCUUAAUAUUCAGUAUCAAGCAACUGAGGAUACAUUGAUUCCAGUCUAUAAUGGCAAUAUUAUUAAGCCCCUGGAAGCAAGACAAGCUCCUUUGGUAACAUUUGAUGGUUCGACAGACCCCAUAACAGGCAAUCCUUCUACUGGUGAUUCUUAUUGGACAUUAAUUGCUACAAAUCCAGACGGUCAUUUUACUGAAAAUGAUAAGGAAUAUAUACAUUGGUUUGUAGGCAACAUACCUAAUGGUGAUGUACAAAAAGGUGACGUUAUUGUCAAUUAUUUGGCUCCUUUUCCUCCUAAAGGUGUUGGCUAUCAACGCUUUGUUUUUGUGCUGUACAAACAAAAUAAGAAAAUUGACUUUAGUUCAUUGAAAUUGGCUACCGAAGACAAUGUUAAUUUGGAUAAACGCACUUUCAAAACAUACGAUUUUUAUCGCCAGCAUCAGGAUGAUAUAACACCUGCUGGUUUGGCCUUCUAUCAAACAAAUUACGAUAAAUCCUUAACUAAAUUCUAUCACGAUGUUUUGAAUUUAAAGGAACCUGUAUUCGAAUACGAUUUCCCUGAACCCUACUUGGCCGAUCAGAAAUUCUUUCCAUUGAAGCAAGCCUUCAACUUGUACAUGGAUCGUCACCGAGAUAUAAAGGAAGUGAAUAAGGAAUAUUUGGAAUGUAAAUUAUCAAAAACGCAUCCAUUUGAUGGUCCAGAUAGACCAUUGAAAUAUCCAAAUGCUCAUCCAAUUAAGGAUACUCCAUCUUGGCUAAAAACGGAAAUUAGAAAAGAACGUUUGAAAAUUGGUCGCAUUAAUGAUUAUUAAAUUGAGUGAAAAAAUUGUUAAAUUUUGUUAAAUUAUUUUAGAAUAAAGUAACAACAUAUAAAAAGUCAUGAACAAA